AUGAAGGUAAACCAUUCAAUUUCAAGAUUCCGCCCCGCUUCAUGGUUCGAAAAGACAAAGAUAAUCCCACCCCAGGUAUACAUCUUUAGGAACCUAGAGUAUGGACAAGUACUAUAUUCUCAAUUUCCCAACUUUUCGCAAACACAGGUGGAUAAGCUGUUUGUGAGACCAAACUGGAGCAACAGAAAGCCAUCAUUGAGAAGGGACAUCUGGAAAUGUAUGUGUGUAGUGAACUUGCAAAACUAUAAGCAGAGUGUCCAUCUAUACCAGAACCUCUGCCGGUUGAGAUACCUCCGUGAUGUGGCACAGCGUAAGGAGAGUGACAAGCUAAGAAAAAAGGACUCUAACGGGCACGUCUGGUAUAGCGGACAGUAUAGACCUACAUAUUGUCAAGAGGCAGUGGCAGACUUGCGGGAGUCCUUGUUGAAGGUGUUUGAGAAUGCCACACCAGCAGAAAAGCAGACAGUACCCGCCAAAAAACCGUCCAUAUACUGGGAGGACCCAUGGAGGAUGGGUGACAAGGACAAACAUUGGAAUUACGAUGUGUUCAAUGCUCUGGGGCUGGAACACAAGCUUAUUCAGCGUGUGGGGAACAUUGCGAGGGAAGAAAGCGUUAUUCUGAAGGAACUAGCUAAGCUCGAAUCACAUCCUACAGAGCAGACGGAAGUGUCUUCCCAGUAG